AUGGACGAUGACCUUUGGAAAUCAAGCGCCAGUGCCCAGCAGAUUGAGGCUCUCAUAAAAGUAGAGAAGGAUGUUGCGACACUCAUGCGCCAUGCCGCGGCGUCCCUUCAACUCUUGAGAACCGUUCAGCCUAGCGAUGUUGAUAGUAAUGUUCUUCUCCCCACUGGGGAGGAACGUUCCGAACGCUUCAUUCAAGAAGCCUCUGCAUAUUUUAAGACUUUAGACUCGAUACAAAUUGGUCUUCGUCGGGCAAUAGCUCAUAUCCGUGAGCGGCGGAUCACCCCUUCUACUCUUGCUUCGGCUGCAGCUCAGUUCGAGGCCGGUGGAGCGUCGAGUUCUGCCGUCCUUCCUACCACUAUCACCGCUUCAAAAGCCAAUGAUCGUACUCCACCAAGUAAUCUUCAGGAGGCGCGUGUAGAGAGGGACGCAUGGAGGGGGAUAGCUGAGUCGCUUGCAAAGCUGAAUGCGUCAUACUUGUCUCACAAACCAAAUGACGCGACAAACGGUGAUCACUGGAAAGAUGAUGUUUCAAUGGAACAUUUAUAG